GCGCCCAAGCGGCUUAACCAACGCGUGAGUGGCGUGCUCUGCCUGUAGAGUCGAAGCGAGGGGGCGAAAAUCUCGUACGUCGAUAUGACAGAUCGGAACCGGGUCGUCCCGAGCCAUGAAGACCCACAAAUGGGCCUGCCUAGGCACAUUAUUGACGCCGCCUCUCGCUGUGGAAGCGAGAGAGGAUCCGCGGAGGACGUGGAAGUCGUGAGGAAUUGGAUCGAGCAGACGCAAAACAUAAACGCUACCUACACCUUGAAGGCGCCGUGGGGCGACAUCAGCGGACACACGCUGCUCUUUUAUCUCGCUUGCAACCCGGUCACACCGGCCAAGCUCGACCUGGUUCGACAGCUAAUUGCUCGCGGUGCGGACGUAAAUAUACGUAACUCGGAUGGGAAGUCCCCUUUGCAUAACGCGACUUUUUUGCAUCGUGGAGCGUCGCCAGCUUUGGUCUCACUACUCCUCGAUGCUGGUGCCGCCGACCUCAACACCAAUAACGGGGAUGAUAUGAAGCCACUAGCGUCCGCCAUGCACUCGAGCAGUCACGUUAGAAUUGACGACAACGGCACCUACACCGUCUACGACACCGAGGCUGCGUUGAAAAUCUCGCGCAUCCUACUCCGCGCUGGUGCGUCUUUGGACCGUGUUAUUUGCGCCGGUCUUGGCGCCGGGUCGUUACUUGGCGAGAUGUCAGCCGAGCAGCUUUUGGCGCAUAUGGAAUUUGACUCCAAUUUAGCCCACGACGAAAAUUUCCGCACGCUCAAAAACCUCGUGUACGGCACCCGGACGCGCAGAGCCAUCGCGCGCCUCCGGAGCUACGCGAUCCGCGGCCGCGUGACGGCCGAAGUCCGACUCCUCGACGAUGGCGCUUUGGCAACUUUUUUGGCGAGGGUCAAGUUAUUCAACUCGCUCUUCGGCCUCCCGCACGCCCUCUUCAAGGAGGUAGUUUCGAAGCUCUAAGACAUAGUCGGGUAGCGGCUUAAAGGCACUAGC